GUGUACAAAUCGCGGAAGAUUGGUCGCAUCCUGGCCGUGGACCGCCUGUGCCUGGGCGUGCGUCCUGGCGAGUGCUUCGGCCUCCUGGGCGUCAACGGCGCGGGGAAGACCAGCACUUUCAAGAUGCUGACAGGGGACGAGAGCACGACGGGGGGCGAGGCCUUCGUCAACGGGCACAGCGUCCUCAAGGAGCUCCUCCAGGUGCAGCAGAGCCUGGGCUACUGCCCGCAAUUCGACGCCCUGUUCGACGAGCUCACGGCCCGCGAGCACCUGCAGCUGUACACGAGGCUCCGGGGCAUCCCCUGGAAGGACGAGGCGCGGGUGGUGAAAUGGGCCCUGGAGAAGCUGGAGCUGACCAAGUAUGCCGACAAGCCUGCCGGCACCUACAGUGGAGGGAACAAGCGGAAGCUGUCAACAGCCAUCGCUCUGAUCGGGUACCCAGCCUUCAUCUUUCUGGACGAGCCUACCACAGGCAUGGACCCCAAGGCUCGGCGCUUCCUCUGGAACCUCAUCUUGGACCUCAUCAAGACGGGGCGCUCGGUGGUGCUGACUUCACACAGCAUGGAGGAGUGUGAGGCGCUGUGCACGCGGCUGGCCAUCAUGGUGAACGGACGUCUGCGCUGUCUGGGCAGCAUCCAGCAUCUGAAGAACCGGUUUGGGGAUGGUUACAUGAUCACGGUGAGGACCAAGAGCAGCCAGAACGUGAAGGACGUGGUGCGGUUCUUCAACAGGAACUUCCCGGAGGCCAUCCUCAAGGAGCGGCACCACACGAAGGUGCAGUACCAGCUCAAGUCCGCGCACAUCUCGCUGGCGCAGGUGUUCAGCAAAAUGGAGCAGGUGGUGGGCGUGCUGGGCGUCGAGGACUACUCGGUCAGCCAGACCACCCUGGACAACGUGUUCGUGAACUUCGCCAAGAAGCAGAGCGACAACCUGGAGCAGCAGGAGACGGAGCCCCCCUCGGGGCUGCAGUCCCCGCUGGGCCGCCUGCUCAGCCUGUUCCGGCCGCGGCCUCCCCCCACUGAGCUGCGGGCGCUAGUGGCCGACGAGCCCGAGGACCUGGACACGGAGGAUGAGGGCCUCAUCAGCUUCGAGGAGGAGCGGCCCGCCUGUUGCUGUCCACCAGGCCCAGCUCUCCUUCAACACGGACACUCUCUGCUGACCGCCGGAGCUGGGUCGAGGUUACGCAGUGGGAACAGAAGUCAGGCGGUGGCUGAGGUCCCACAUGUGCCCCCCUUCCUUCCCCAUGCCCACCUGCCAGGCCCUGGAAUGGGCGGUCCAGGACCAAGGGCUUCAUCCUCCUCCAGCCCUGCCCCCUCGGCCACCGCACCGCCCUCCCCUCGUUGUGCCAAAGGCUGGCCCAGCCCCGGGCUGCGUACACCCUCACCCUGCUCUGCCUUAAAGCCUUGCGGUCUGGCUGGCCCCUGGCCUCUGCCCUUGCCUAGCUCUGCCCACCACUCCCAGGGCCGAGGGGUGCCCCGGGCUGCCAGGACCGCCCGAACUCUCCUGGCGGGACCUGGCCUCCCCAUGGGCUGAGCUCUUACACCCAGUUUGGAUGGUGGCUGCUGCCAGCCUUGGGCUGAGGUGAGGGGUGGGUUCGGCCCCACCCAAGGCGCCUAUUUAUUUUGCUUUAGGAUAAGGCUCCCUCACCCUGGCUUCCCGCAGGGAGGCUGCCAGGGGUGGUGGGCCAGGAAGCAGGAACGGAGACGCUGGCCCCACCGGCCAGGUGAGGGGCCUGACCACCCUCCCUACCCCUCCUGCUGGCAUUGCCCUCCCCCCAGCUUGGCCCCCUGUCCUCCCACCUGGGAGCCAGACCUGUACAUAGAGCACAGAUGUUUGUUUUAAAUAAACAGAAAAGUCCAUGCAAGCC